AUGGCCUUGACCGGUGUUGUGAAGAAGUAUGACAAUGCAAAGGGCUUCGGAUUCAUCGUUCCAACUGGAUCCCGCACGGACCUAUUCGUUCGGUGCACGGAUGUUAUUGGUGGAACACUGCAGGAGGGAGACAAGGUCACUUUCGACGAAGGCCUGAACGAGCGCACGGGCAAACCCAAGGCUUUCCGCGUCGCCGGAGGAUCUGGACCUGCACCAGGUGGCAAAGGAGAUCCGAGAGACGGAAAACAAGGCUUUGUUGCCGGACCGGUUCCCGGUGGCUGCGGCUGCAGCCCUUGGGGCAGCCCGGCUCCUUGCGGCUUGAUGCUAGGUGGGGGCUGCGGCCUUGGCGCAGGAAAGGCCGCACCCAUGCCGGGUGGCUGUGGCAUCAAGUCCGGCGUGGUCAAGUUCUUCCACGAUGAGAAAGGUUUUGGCUUCAUCAAGCAGAAUGGUGGUGGCAAUGACCUCUUCGUCCAUCGCAGCGAUGUGAUCGACGCCCCGCUGAAUGAGGGGGAUCAUGUGCAGUACAGCGAGGUGGUUGACAAGAGAAGCGGGAGAAUGAAGGCGCACCAGGUCACUGGCGGCACAGGAGCACGCAAGCCCCCUCAGAAAAAAGGCGCAGGAAAGGGUGGCAAGGGUAAGGGAGGCAAAGGAAGUGUGCCUACCGAGCCGAGCCUUCCCAAUCCUGGCAUGGCUAUGAUGGCUAUGGGUUGCGGCUGUGGAGGUUCUGGGGGUUGCGGAGGUGGCUGCGGUGGCUGCGGACAGCGCAUGGGAGGUUGCAGCGGCAACUGCGGAAGUCUGCAGAUGAGCGGGAACAGCUGCAAGGCCCCGCGGCCGCGUGAAGACCGACAUACAUCACAGCUGGAGUUCCUUUAA